UUUGUGUGCAGACACGGUAUAAGUAUCAUCACCUUGGUUAAUCUGUGUAAUUAUUAUCAAAUAGCUUGGUUCUUGUACAACAGAAAUAUAGAGACCACUCAAAUAAUAAUUGGAGAAUAUAAGAAAUAGUUGCGCGAUGAGAAGAACUCUUGCACUCCUCUACAUCGGCGUACUCAUUUCAUGCGCCUCGUCGCAGAAGCAAGAUCGCAGAAUGUCCGAUGCUAGGCCAGAAACAGAUUAUGAUCGUUUCGAUGGAAGAGGCAGAUAUAAGAGAAAUAGUUUGUGUUUGAAUUGGCAGAUUCCAUGUAAACCCAAUAAGAACAGUCCAGAUAAUAAUUGCUGUAAAACUCAAGCUUGUGUAUGUAACCUCCUAUGGCGUGACUGUUUAUGUACACACACAGUUUCAAGAACAAAUAUUGUAAUACAUAAUUAUAUAUGCUUAUGUAUUUGUUUGUUAGCUUCUUGUUUUUAUGUGUAGUGUGAACCUGUUCUUUCUACGUGGUUGGAGAUUAUUCUAAUUCACAUAAAAGUAAUAAAAUAACAAUUAAAUUACAAAGUGAAGAUGCAAGAA